AUGAGCGCGCCGCCUUCGAGCGCUCCUCCUGUUCCUCCGACAACUUUUCAAACUCCCAAUGGAACGAACAGUGCAUCGCCCAAAGAUCUUCGGGACUUUCUCCAAUAUUUGAAAAACACAAAUGAUGACAAUGCCCCCUCAGUACUGGAAAAACCACAUUGGCUGAACCUACUUGCUGGCUUACUGGAUAAUGUCUUUGGUUGUUUUCCAUACUUCAAGUCAACAAUCCGAGGCACCACCAACGAACGCAUCCAGCUUACGGACGACACGCUCGAUGUCUUUUCAUGUGUCAGCAAAAGGGCUGAGGUUGACUCGUUCUAUGUUGAUGAGGAACGUCUGUCCAAAAAGAUCUUCGUGCACCUUUUGGGUCUUUGUACAUCGACAGAAUCAUGGUUGGAAGUCACCAGCGAGGGUGAUUCAGGCUGUGCACCUAACACCCUCUAUUCCAAGGCUUGCGAGACUCUCGUUGAGUUCUUGCAAAUUUUGUCAUUUUCGAGUGCUCCAGGAGGAGAUCCUGGUAAUGCACAAUGGGGAGUCCUGCAGGAAAUAUUGCAUGAAGCGAUAGACUUGUGCUCCGCAAUUAUUUCUGCUCAAUACGAACCGUAUCCUCGAGACGUGCACUGGUUCUCUACCCCACCGUUUUUGAGGAUCACGAAUGGGGAUUGUUCCAUUCCGUGUCCCAGAGACACUCUAAAUGUGAUUAGGCUCCCGUCCCCUUCACACUUAUCUGUCUUGGCCAGCAUCAUCGUCGAUUUAUUCGGCAAACUGUGUUCAAGCGCAACGCUUUCUUCCUUCGUCACGGCUGCUAUGCUCCGUCAUACAUCUGAAUUGACUCGCCGUGUAUACGAUUUCUGUUCUGAAUGUCCUACAUCGCCUGAAACAAGAUCCCGGUGCCUCCUGCGAGUGGUAGCCGCUGCUCACACUCUUAUGCGUAGUGACCUAUCUCUCAUCGGGGGGCUCUCGAAACUGCCUUGCCGUCUUUUAAUACACAGACUCCAGUGUGGUCCAAAUCCUGAACAACGAACACUCGAUCGCAAGUUACGAGACAUCCUUACUUCCAACGCAAAUCUGCCAGUCGACUAUGUGAGUCCUGCUCUGGAACUCUUGCGCUCUGAAACCUGGGAGUCAUCUGGGAAUGAGCUUCGGGCUCUUGCGGUCGUGUAUAUACGUGGGUGCGCGAGUCGUUUAGAUGCAGCGAGUUCGCAGGCAGUGCAGUCAUUCCUUCAAGGAAAUCCAUCUUACCCUGAUUUGGAACCGCUGCUUAUCAUUGCUAGUAACCCCAUUGAUAGUCAACUAAGCCACGAUGCAGACGGCAUAGACACUUCGCACUGGCGUGUGACAUUACAGAGUCUCGUGAGUCCGCUCAUUAUGCCUGACGAGCUGCAGCGGAAUGGUAUUGGGCACGAAGAUACUGCACCCUACGUGCGACGGGUGUUGGACCAGCUCAGAUCCAGGUGGGCUCGGGGACUGCAUGAUUCUUCGUCUGCUGCGCGUUCAGCCCUGGCUGAAAAUAUUGCCUCCCUUGCCUCACACCUCAAGCUGUUCUCUCGGCAGCAGUCUCCUCCGCUUCGCGUUGCUGCCGCUCUUCUGUUGCCACUGCACAGAAUUUUAGAGGGCCCAUCAACUGAAGUCGACGUGCAUGUACGGCGACAAGCGUUCAGAGCUCUCCGAACCAUCAUCAGAGAACACUCCGCGGAUAUUCAGUCUCAUGAGCCGUCACCCGUGUUUGAUCUCUUGAAACGUGGGUUCAUUGACAAGGAUCGUUCUGUCAAAAUCGAUGCUGGUCGCGCACUUGUGGAUUUGGUCCAUCUCCACGCCAAUGUAGUUGGCAUGGGAUGCAAACACAACGAAAAGAUCUUCAUGACCAUCAACGGCUUACUUGAUUCCAGCGUGAAGGAUGCGGUAAAAGAAACACUCCUGAUUGCUAUUGGUUCCAUUGGAUGUAACGCUCAAUUUGAGCUUCUUGGAUUGGUCGUCCACUGUUUGAUAUCCCAACUGGGCCAAGAUAAUCAUUUCUUGAAAGGCUUGGCGUACACACAACUUUUGGAGAUAGCGAAAAAACAAAGAAAAUCCCCCUACGUCCUUGUCUCACCAUACAUCUCUCAGGUCGCAUCAUUCGUCGUCUCCCGGAAAUGCACCAACCCAGCGCUGAUAUUCGAGACAUGUCGAUUUCUAUCUGUGCAUCCGACUGAUUUUAUCUCCGUCACGCUAUCCAAGACCCUUCCUUAUCUCUUUGUUAACUGCGAAGGGAAGGUCUUAGAGGACAUUUCAAAGGAACUGGGAAAAACGACUCCGUCGCUGUUCCUCAAUCAUUCUCACGAGAUCCUCGCUCAUGUAUAUCAACAACACGAAGCGCAAACGAAUGGAUCUUUGCAGUUCAUCACGAACAUACUUUCUGAUGCUGCUGCGGUAGACGACAUCGACAUCCAAAGCAUCGUCAAGAGCUGUGUGGUGCCAUUGCUCGCAAAUCUGGUUGUGGUCCUAGGAGAUGAGAAUGAAGAACGAGCCGCUUUGGCAGUGGAUGCUUUGCGAAAAGUCGAGCGGUCAAUAACGGGCGAAACUCCCGAACGAAUUUUAGCCGACAUCGACCUGUCUCCGUUCCUAAAGACAUACAUGCUUGGCGUUGUAUCCAACUUGAAUGAUAUGCUGCAAGAUGUUCACGGCAAGAAAUCGGUUUCAGCAAAGAAACAGAUUCUCCGCGGUCUAGAGGAGCUGAUCAUCCAAAUUGGUGCUCUUAUCAUGGCCACUCUGCAAACUAUGUUUCUGGUCCCCGAACUUGCUGAAGUCACCCUGACUACGUGGUACACAUUUCUGUCUACACUGAAGGUCAAGGACGUCGUUCCGUAUAUUGGCACUACAAGUGCAGCCAUUGUCUCCGCAUGGUCUGCUUUAUCCCCUUCCGCUCGUGAUUCUGCCAAGAAAUGUCUGCGUCAUAUCGUCUUCGAUGUUGGAAGCACCGUCGGAAAUGAUGCAAAGGAAAUUUUAGACGAGGUCGUGGACCUCGGUUACAUCCCAGAACUUUCUGAGGUACAUGCACAACUUCAGAGUGUUCGCAUCUGGGAUCCACGCUUGCAACUCCAGAAGAUUCUCAUUCGGUGCUCGAGUAACAAUAUCACGGUAGCUCAAGUGGCUCUUGGCGAACUUCAACAUUUUAUGAGGAACAAUCAUGCCUCACUUAUACAAAGCCUUGCAACGGGCGACACCUUUGAUCUCUUAAUUGGCAAGAUACAAUUGACCCUGUUUCAGAUUGUCUCUCGUGAUGGGGAGGGCUCCGACACUCUUCGACAACUGGCGUUUGAGUGCAUGGGAAUUCUGGGAGCAGUUGAUCCAGAUCGUUGUGACCUUGGUUCGAAAGAAACAAGAAUGAUCGUGCGGAGCAACUUUGAAGAUAAUAAAGAAGCAGUCUCGUUUGCUCGACACCUCAUACAGGACGUUCUCGUGGGCGCGUUCCGGUCCACUAGCGACAUAAAGUACCAAGGACAUCUCGCCUUCACGAUACAGGAACUCCUGCGAUUCUGCAAGUUCACGCCUGCCCUAGUGUCAUCAGGGGGUACGUCAUCCGUCUCGGCGUACGUUCGCAAAAGCUGGGAUUCUUUUCCGAAACAUGUGCUCGAAACCGUCACUCCACUCUUGGGCGCCCGUUUCGCUGCUCCGCACAAGGAAUUGCCACAGCUUCCUUCACCCAUUUACUCUCAUCAGAAGACCUAUCGAGAAUGGGUCCAGUUAUGGACAGCUCAUUUGAUAACGAAAGCGUCCGGGGACACUGCGCAAGCCAUCUUUGGGGUCUUUCGAUCUGCAGUACGCAACAAGGAUGUUGGCGUCGCUCACCACAUACUGCCUCACCUCAUAUUGAACAUCCUUGCAUCUGAGAAUGACGAAGAUACCAAUGGCAUCCUCCAGGAGUUGUCGGCUGUUUUGAAAGAUCAGGUUGCUUCUGAUAGUCCGUCCACUCCAGACAAGAAGUUUCUCAGUGCUCAGGCCGUUUUCAUGCUGUUGGACCAUCUCAGCGGAUAUGUGCGAAUCCUGCGACAGGAUACCGCGAAGAAAUCUGAGGGCAAAAGAUCACGAGAAAAUCUUGAAUUUGUGAGACGUCAGCAGCAGCUUAUCCGGGUCGAUUCGGUGCUCUCCAGCAUCGACCACGAACUCAUGGCCAAAGCUGCGCUACAGUGUCGAGCUUACGCUCGCUCACUUAUGAACUUUGAGAGGCAGAUAGUCUCAAUGAGAGAACGACAACCUCCUCCACCUGGAACAGAUUUCACGCCCUAUUACGAACGUCUUCACGAGAUCUACGCACAGCUUGACGAGCCUGAUGGAAUGGAGGGUAUUUCAACAUUGAUCUUGUCCCCUUCGUUGGAACAUCAAAUUCGUCAACACGAAAGUACUGGUCGCUGGACUGCUGCUCAGAGUUGUUGGGAAGUCCGUCUUCAGCAACAACCUGACAAUUUAGACUUCCAUCUUGGACUCCUUCGAUGUUUGCGCAACCUUGGACAUUAUGACACGCUCCGCACACAUGUCCAGGGCGUCCUCGUUAGAAACCCAGGGUGGGAGUCGGUUUUGGCAGACUUCCAGGUUGAAAGCGCGUGGAUGAUAGGAGCAUGGGACGACGUGCACAGGAUCGCAGCGAAUAAAGAGCAUGAAUCGCCGUCCGUGGUUAAAGCUCGAGUUCUUCUUGCUAUGCGGUCUGGUGACCCUUCGCCGAUUGACGAAAGUCUUACUAGAGCACGCCUUGUGCUUGGUGCUCCCAUUGCUGCCUCUGGGGCAAGAGGGUAUCGUCGUGCAUAUGACGCUCUAGUCGAUUUGCACAUGAUUCACGAACUCGAAUUGAUCCACGAGGCUAUCUCUAAUCUGCCACCAAGCUCACAAGGCCGUAGAUCCGCCAUUAUGACUCUCGGCCAGAUUCUUAGCGCACGUUUGGACCGUGCAUUACCUACCUUCCGCAUACACGAAUCCCUGCUUAGUAUGCGGCGAACAGCAUUUUCACUCAGCCCGGUCUCUCGGCCAUCAAUCACGAGUCAAAUUGGUCAAUCAUGGUUAGCGAGUGCAAAAAUUGCUCGGAAAGUUGGACAGUGGCAGACUGCGUAUAGCGCUAUGCUCCAAGCACAGCACACCAAUGCUCGAUUUAGUUUCAUUGAAAGCGCGAAGCUUGUGAGAGCACGGGGAGAACCCCUCCGGGCGCUACAAGAACUUGAAAACUCCAUGCGCAUCUUUGGUUUCGUAGACAACGAUACAGUCGACUUGACAAGAGAUGAAUUGUCUAAGCGGAUGAAGGCAAAGGCGCAAAUCCUUCUUGCACGUUGGAUGAACGAGUCCGAUCGAUACGAAGCUUCCUACGUGUUCAAGCAGUUUCAGAACGCCGCACAGUCAGCUCCAGAAUGGGAGAGUGCCUUUUACCACCUUGGCCACUUUCAGGACCAGUGUUAUAGGAAUUUAUCAGCAGAAGACAAGCCAAGCCGUGGAAUCAGAAUGAACUUUCAGACCAUCAAAUGUUUCACAGAAGCCGCUGCUUACGGAAAUAAAUUUGUAUACCAGACUAUUCCUCGCUUGCUCACCUUAUGGCUAGAUAUGGGCGAGCGCAAGGCACCAGCAGAACAUCCACUGUUUGUACAGGUCAACGACGUUGUCGCCGGCUCCAUCGAUGGUAUCCCAGUAUACAAGUGGUUUACUGCGUUUCCUCAAAUCGUGUCUCGCAUUGGGCAUCCGAAUCGUGUUGUGUACUCGGUCUUAUCGAAACUCAUUUCAUCUGUCAUUCGAGAAUACCCCAAACAAGCGCUUUGGUUCUUCGCAUCUGUGAUCAACUCGACAAAAUCCACUCGCAAGCAGCGCGGAAGAGGAAUCUUGGAUCAGCUGAAAAACAACCCAGCACGCACAGACUCUAACCUUCCGGGUCUCAUCACGAGUCUUCACGGCAUGAUCGACGAGCUCCUUCGGCUUUGUAAUUGCCCUAGUGACCGCAAACUCAGUAUGCGUCAAGACUUUCCAAAGCUGCUUGGGAUGAAAGACUGUAAUAUCCUCAUUCCUUUGCAAUCGUCAUUGACGGUCAACCUCCCGCCUGUCUCGUCUAUGAAUCACCGCGAUAAACGACACAAUAUCUUUGACCCUUCGUCGCCCACAUUUGCAGAAUUUCACAACGAGAUCGAAAUCAUGCAGUCCCUGGCAAAGCCACGAAAAAUUACUGUUGACGGUUCUGAUGGUAUUAGAUACAUGUUCCUAGGCAAACCGAAGGACGAUCUGCGGAAGGAUGCGCGUCUUAUGGAUUUCAACGGGAUCAUUAACAAACUCCUGAAGACAAAUUCGGAAUCUCGGAGGAGGCAACUCCGCAUUCGGACGUAUGGCGUGGUGGCAUUGAAUGAGGAUUGUGGCGUCAUUCAAUGGGUGCCGAACACUGUACCUGUGCGACCUGUACUGUUGAAAUCCUACGAGACAAGAAAUAUUCCACCCUGGUCCAAGGAGCUGAUUGAUGUUACAAAGCGCAUCAAAGAAGGCAGUGAUAAAGAUGCCGCUGAGCUUUUUGUGACCAAACUUCUUCCUCAGUUUCCCCCGGUCUUUCACGAAUGGUUUGUGGAGACAUUCCCGGAGCCGUCCGUAUGGCUGGCUAGUCGACUUAAUUAUGGGCGUACGCUGGCAGUGAUGUCAAUGGUCGGAUUCAUCUUAGGGUUGGGAGAUAGGCACUGCGAAAAUAUUCUUCUGGACACAAUCACAGGAGAUGUAGUCCACGUCGACUUCAGCUGUCUCUUUGAGAAGGGCAAAACACUUGAAACACCCGAACGAGUUCCUUUCAGACUCACUCAGAACCUUGUUGAUGGCCUUGGGGUAACCGGCAUCGAAGGAGUCUUCCGUGUCGCCUGCGAAAUAACGAUGCAACUUCUCCGUGAUAACAAAGACCCCCUUAUGAGUGUUCUUGAUGCAUUCAUUCAUGAUCCGCUGGUCGAAUGGGAGGACGACAGGAGAAAGAUGCAACGCCGCCAAGCCCAGGAAAAGGACAAAGUGAAUGCUGCCGUCAAGGCCCCCCCAGAUUUGCGAGGAUGGGCCAAGUCUGCGCUGAAGCCUAUAGAAGAAAAAUUGAAAGGGCUGUAUUCCGCGACGAAUGUGAAGGAGCGGACUUAUGGAGGAAUCACACGAGGAGGAGACGACAAACGGGAAAUUUCGACGAGCAAUCUCGUGCAGAUGCUCAUACAGGAAGCAAUGGACAGCGCGAACUUGGCCAAGAUGUAUCCUGGAUGGGCAGCAUGGCAUUAG